AUGAUUAAUAAUGUCUUUUAUAUUAUUUUUACAUUUUCAUUUUUCUUAUUAAUAAUUAAGUGUGAAUAUAUUAACAAUGAAAAGAAAGAAGUGUUAUUCGAAAUGGACGAAGAAGGGGAAGGAGGAGGAACAGUAAAUUCCUUUAAAAUAGAUUCAAGUUUAGAAGGGAAAAGUACCAUUGAUACAAAGUUUGGAAUUAUCCAGAAUGGAAAGAAGAGUGUAGACACAUGGGUACAGAUAGAUGUACUAAAAGGAGAGAUUGAUAAUUAUCAUAAAGGAGAAAAAUCCACAGCAUUUGCACCACCUAAGGAGGAAGAAAAAUCCACAGCAUUUGCACCACCUAAGGAAGAAGAAGAAACUUGUCUGAGUAGAAUGUUGAAAAAGGAUAAAGAGAAAAGUACUACUUCUGGAAGGGAAGAAUUAAAUGGGAGAAAACAUUUGGUAGAAGAAUUUCAAGAGAAAAUAAAACAAUAUGAUGAAAUAAUUGAUGAAAUAGUAUUGAGAAGUUUGAACCGGAAAAAUUAUUCUCAUUUUAACAUGUUAGAGGAAUAUUCUUUGAAGACAAAAAUGAACAAAGAGAUGUACAUAGGUAUGAAGAAUUUAAUAAAAAUGGUUAGUGACAGUAUGAUAAUUACAGAAUCUUAUAAUGAGAAGAAUAAACAUUUUAAGUAUAGAAUUGAGGAAAAAACAUUUAAGAAACAUUUUAUAACUUCUCUCUUUAGAUGGUAUAACAAUUUCAAAUUAGUAGAAUCUUAUUUUGAUAGAACUAACUAUGUAUUUUAUAUAGAUGAUAAAACAGUAUACUCUUAUAGGUAUACAUACAGAUUAGUUUUAAAUAUAUUAAGUUCAGAAUAUUUUUUAUAUUAUUUAGAUUUAAAUAAAUUUACUCUAUUGGAUAUAUUAGAUAAUUAUAAUAAAUAUAAUUUUAAAUUGAAUAAUAGUCCAAGAUUUUACCCUUUUGAUUUUUACAAUUGUAAAAAUUUUAAUGAUUUUGUAUAUGACUAUUUUGUGUAUUAUAAUCAUCAUUAUUUUGAGAAGCAUAAAUAUUUGAUUGCCAAAGAUGCUUAUCAUCAUAAGAUAAAAAAAAGUGAUAAUAAGUUAUUUAUAAAAUUGAAUAAGUUGAAUACAAAUUUUAUUUUGUACCAAUUUAGGAAAAAAGAAUUUACGUCUUCUCCUGAUGUUGUCGAAAAUUAUUUGUACUUAGAAAUGAAUUUAAUAUUUUCCAUCUUUAGGGAAUUUUUAAUAGAUUUAUUAAAUAAUUUGUAUAAUGAAUACUAUUUCGACAGAAUAAAGAAUGUUGAGCGAGACAAACGGUUCGCUCCUGCACCAUCAGAUCAGAAACUCCUCUCCACAGUGCAGAUGAACAAAACAAUGACAGAUAUCUCCGAGGAGAAGAAUUUGUUAGAGUUAGUUCCUACGGGUGAUGGGGAGGCAGAGCCCGAGGGUGGGGUACGCCCUGAGUCAAGGAAAGCACCAGCUGAAGGGCAAGUAUCACAGUCAACACAAGUGACAGAAUUAGUAGAAGUGACAGAAUCAUCAGAAGUGACAGAAUCAUCAGAAGUGACAGAAUCAUCAGAAGUGACAGAGUUAUCAGAUGUGACAGAGUUAGAGAAACUAUCAGAGGAAGAGGAAACGAGGAAGAUGACUCAUAAUGAGCAUUCCGAUGAAGACACGAGUAAAUCAGUCAAGGUCGAUGGAGAUACAAGCAGAAAAACUGCUGAAUCAUCCAUGGAAGGUAAAAAGGAGGAAUUUUCAAACGGAAUAAAGGAAAAUAAGCCGCAUGGUGCUGAUUCUGCUCUUACUGAUAAAGGAAGAGGUAGAGGUAGCAACGAACUUGAAACCGAGGAAAGAAAAGGAGAAAGUGAAAUGUGGAAAGACAUGAUAGAAUCGUACAAUAAAAUACCGAAUGGGGACGAUGACUUAAAAAAAUAUAAUAAAUACAUACUUAAUAAUUUGAAAAAAAUUUUGAAAAUGUCAGUUGACAAGAAAAGAAAAGAAAUGGAAGAUUACAAAAAUAAAUAUGAGUUGAAAGAUGGAAUUAUCUUUAAUACUGCCACGGGUAGGACCGUUCCUCUGAUUUUUAACCCUUCAAAAGAUAUUUAUUCAUAUCUAAACCAGAUAAGUAAUAAAAAACAAAUUAAUUUUAAAAAUAUUUACGAUUACCUCAUAACAAUUAUGAAGUAUAAGGAAGGAACAAAUUUUUAUGACAAUCAAUUGGGAUGUAAAAGGGGAAAUGGAGCGUGGGCACAAGUGAAUUUUCCAAAUGGCAAAGAGAGUGAGAGGAAGACAUGGAGGGAGAUAAUUUUUUCCAAAAAGGAGGUUAACCGUGGGGCGGUUGGUAGAGAUUUACUUAUGGAAAUGCAUCGAGACGAGUUAAGUGGAACCCCAUUAGAUGUAGAUAAAUUAAGUGAAAAUCUGUUUAAUGUAAAGCAGCUGAAUGGUGAUGAAAUGAAAGCUUUUCUUCUUUUCAUGAGACAAGACGAAGAAGCGAAGGCUGAUGUGGCCACGGGUAAAAAAGGAAGAGGAAAAUCAGACACUGAAAAAGAGCAUUCCAUGUAUAGAAACACAAAUUUGAAUGAGUUUACACCUGCAGCUAUUGAAAUGAAGGAUAAAAUUCAUGAUCAGCUGAAAUUGUUAAAGAAAAAUUUCGUAGAUAAGCUUAAAAAUGAAGCAAUGUGUUCAAUGGCCUUUUUAUACUUAGUAGGUAUUAAUGAUAAUAACGGGAAAUUACAAUUUCCUUAUGGAUUUCCAAGAAAUAUUGAUAAUUCAGUAAAACUGAUAAGAAAAGGAAAAGAUGGAUUAUGUAAUUUUUUAAGUGGAAUAUUAUACCAUUUGAAUUUACCAAUAUUUGUAAAUAAUUCUUCUAUAUCGAUUACGACAGAAAUGAAUGAAGAUAUAUCUGAUGUGAAUGACAAUUCUGUUAGUAGUUUUUUUUAUAUUUAUUAUAAGAAUAAUGGUAAUAUUAGAAAUCAUGAUUUUUUAUCAAAUGAAAAUAGAAUUAUCCCUAAAACUGUUGACAAUAUAAAAUCUAAAAUUGCAUCAUAUUCAUUGGGAUCAACGAAGGAUGAUUUUUACAGCAAACUGGCUUUCACCAAUAAUAUGAUAAGAUUGAAAUAUAAAAAUAAAGAUAAUAAUAUAUUUUUGAAGGACUAUUUUGAUUUUACUUUUGAUAAUAAAAGUUACAAAAAUUCUGUAAUCAAGAAUAAUUUAUCACCAUUUCUAACAUCAUGUGAUUAUUUGUUAAGCAAUAUACUAGGAGCAGUUGUAGACUCGUUAAAAAAUUCUACAUCUAUUGAAAGUGGAAUCUAUGAAGAGAACAUUAGUGAAAAACACAGGCAUUUAAUUCAUAACACCACAGAUAAUACUAAAAAUUUAUUUGAAUAUUUUUUAAAAUUAGCAGAUAGUAAAAAUUCAUAUGCAUUAGCAGCAUUGGGCGAAAUAUAUUAUUUGGGAAAUGAAAGUAUAGGUGUUGAACGAGAUGAAAUCAAGGCCUUUGAGUUCUGGAAAAAAGCAGCUGAUCAGGGAGAUAGUGCAUCUGCUUUGUCUACUGGUUAUGCAUAUUUGGAUGAGUAUAAAAGAUAUUUAAGAAAGGAGGAAAUAUUGAAAACGAUGAAUAGUGAUGAUAUCUUGAAUAUGAUUAAGGCUGAGAAGGGCAAGAAUGCUAGUACUGCAAAUAAGAGCAGGAAAGUUGGUUCAUCCCUUGAGUUCAUUCCAGAGAGUGGAGGGCAAGCAACGACGGAAACAGCAGCAGGAGGAGAAGCACAAGAAGAGGAAGAACGAUGGGGGGUGGAGAGGUCAAGUGAUAGUGGUUUUAAAGAUGAAGUGAAAAAGAAUGAUAGGAAGGAAAAUGCACACUUUUAUUUUAUGUCCAAUAUCAACACGGGAAAUUCACCAGGAUCAUUAUCCCCUUCUGAAGGUGUUUCAGCUGAAGGAAUUAAUAGUUCUUUAGAUGGAAUAUCCACGCAUCAGUUAAACGUGGAACAACAUAACAAUGUAGAUGUCUCAUCCCAAAGAAUGGGAGAAAUUUCAUCCAUGGGAGUUAACUUUUUGGAUGGAAGAAUAAACGAAGGAGAAGGAAACGGUGGGUGGAGGAACCCAUUCGAAGGAAGCCACAAUGGAGGAUCAUUUAAUAUGCCUUCCCAUGGUAGUGAACCAAGAGAAGGAGAAAGGCUUAAUAACAGGGUGAGAGAAAGUUCAAGUGGAAAUGUCGAUACAAGCAUUGGUGGAAAGAGUGAACCAACGCCACAUCAUAGUGAGUAUAAUGACGCAACGAAUGAAAAAAAAACUAGGUUGGAAAAUAAUCCGAAUGAUGAAUUCAUCAGAAAGUAUAUGGAAGAUCUGAACAAUGAGAGAAAUAAAGCUUUCCAAAAUGCUGAACAUUAUUUUAACAAAGCGAUAAGAAAUAAUGAAGGUAGUCUAGAAAAUAUUUUAGCAAAGUAUAAUAUAUACAAAUUUGGAUUAGGAACAGAAAAAAAUAUUGAACUAGCAGGAGAAUAUUUAAAGAAAGCUGCAGACAAAGGAGACAAUAUAUCGCAGAUGUUAUUGGGGCAUUAUUACUCAGGAACUGAUAUAGGAAUUAAGUUAAAUGAUUAUGAUGAGAAAAAUAAAAUUGAAAAUUUAAAAAAAUCAUAUAAAUAUUAUAAAAUGUCUGCUAAGAAUGGGAAUAUAAUUUCAUUAUACAACAAGAGCAUUUUAAUAUUGAAAGGUGUAAAUCCAAAUUUGAAAACAUUUAAUGAAAAAUGUGAAAAAACUUUAAAACAUUUUCAUUUCAUUGGAUUAUUCAAUGAGCGUUUAUAUUCUUUAUUUAAAUUAUUGAAAAGGAAUUACAAAUUUAGGGAUUACACUGGUUCUUUGUUACUGGCAGUUAUAUUAUCUGAAUUGGGUGAUCAUCCAAAUAAUGUAAAUGCAUCUAUGCUGUGGGAUUUGAAGAGGAAAACCAUGCAGACCUUUACAGAGAAGUAUAACAUUGUCGAGGGGUUUCUUCAGGAGUAUCGUCUUGCAUUACCCGAGGGAAGCGCAGAAAGGAAUGGCGGUGGAAAUGACGGUAGAAAUGGCCGUGGAAGGAGAACGGAUCCGUCCUCCCAAAAAGGAAAGGUCAAAAUUGACAAAAUAAUCAAAAGAAUAUAUAGCAAAGAAAAAGGAGUAAAGUACUCACUUCAGAAGAAGUAUGGUAUUGGACAAAAUGAAUCGAUUUUAAAAUCAUGCACUAUGGUUGCUAUGUCCAACAUUUUUGCAAAAAAGAAUAUAUUUUUGCACAUGAAAUUUUGUAACAACUUGAGAAAUGAGCUCUUACAUCGAAAUGGAUUAGGAAGUAGUACUGCACCAUCGGGGCAAAGGAAAGAUAUUCACUUGAAAGAGAAAACUGCAGAAGGUAUUAAAGAAGAAGAUCAGAAGUUGGGAAAGACCUCUAGUGAGGGAAGAAAAAACACGCGUGUUGUUGAUAAGAAUAAGAAAAUGGAAAAACCUAAAAAAGUUAACAAAAGUAAGAAAGUAAAUAAAAGUGAGCAUAGUCACGACACAUACCUUCUAUCGAAAGAGUAUAAACAGAUUGAUUUGUUUGAAAAGUAUGAUAAUAUUAUAAAGAACGAAAUAGAGAAAGAAACUAACAAUGAAGAGAAAAUAAGAAAAGCAGAAAAAAUGAAAAGUAUAAUUCUGGAGCAUUUCAGAACAACCGAAUUUUUGCAUUGCUAUUAUAAACCAAUGUCAUACUAUCAGAUUAUGUUAGAAGAGGAGAAAAGAAAAAGCAUGAACAAGAAUCUACAACAUAAGAGCAAUAACAUUUUAGGGAAAAGUAGUUAUUUGAAUAAUAAUCCAUUUGGUAAGGAAACUAGCCACGUAAUGGAUUUAUAUGAAUCUGAAUUUUUUAGAUAUUCUCCUUUAUUAGAAAAUGAAGAUAUGAAAGAAAUAUUUUAUUAUCAAAAUAGAUAUUCAUCAAAUAUGUUUGAUGAGAUUCAGAGUUUUUCCAAAAAUUGCGACAUUUGUAAGCAAUAUUAUGACAUAUAUUCAGCUUAUUAUGGAUAUAAAAAAUCAACCAUCGAUUUAGUAAGGAAAUAUAGAGAAGGUGAUGAAUAUACUAUAAAAAGCAAAAGAAAGGAAUUACAAUUUUUAAUAAGAAAUUCGGAUGAAGAGAACCAUGAACCCCUUUUCUAUAAGGCACUCUUUUUAGAAUCAAAUAAAUUGGAAAAUUUAAAAAAUAUUUUACAAAUUUAUUUAAAGCUAGCCACUGAUGAUCACAAUUCCUGCAACGCUAUUGGGGUUCUAGGCAUUUUUAAAAUAUUUUUUAAAAAGGUCUUUUUCGAUGUUAGUCUUUUUUUUAAGAAAAAAACAAAAGAGCUUAUGAGUAGUAGUAUUACCACCACUAUUACCAACGCUGUUAGUGGCACUGUUAGAGACACUGUGAGCGGCACAAUUGGAAACACAGUGAGCAGCACAAUUGGAAACACAGUGAGCAGCACAAUUGGCAGCACUGUGAUAAGCACAAUUGGCAGCACUGUGAUAAGCACAAUUGGCAACACUGUGAGUGAUAUUAUUAGCAACAUUGGCAGUAGCGUUAGUGACAAUAGUAGCGCGUCCUUCGAUUCGAUCCAGAAAUAUUUUUUUUACGACAUGAAUUCAUACUCUUUGCAAAAUAACUUUUUAUUUAAAUCCGAAUUUCACAACAAGUGUUUGAAUUUUGAUUAUUUGUUAAAAAGUAACUAUGCAUAUUCUCAGAUAAGUUAUCGCGAUUUUUUUAGGCUAUUUUACACAGUAAUUUCAUCCUUUUUUUAA